AUGGCCUCCAACCUAGUAGCAAUGGCCGACACCCCACUUGCAAACACAGGACAAGAGAGCUCAAACCUGCCCAGCAGUAAAUCCCAAAAACAAGUCCAAACCCAUUCUAUCUCAGGCGAGGCUGAACUGCGGCAGCUGGGGUCCACUCCAGGCGCCAUGGUGCUCAAAGGUGCGCCGUCAUGGCAGCAGACCAUGUCAGAGUGCUUAGCCACUUAUGAUAAGCCUGAGAAUUUUCGGUUCUACAGCCGACACAGCUCACUCCUGGGGCAUGAUAUUGCUCACGUUGGCAAUCCUCAGGUUUGCACCGAUGGUGGCCACAGCUUUUUUUGGGGCCUUCUUGCGAUUCGCAUUGCAGGAAGUUUGAAGGAUGUGGCGCUGGAAUUUGGCCUUUGUGUUCCGUCUUCUUGCUCCUAUCCCGUGGUGGACACCGUCUUCGUGCCCUACCUGUUGGGACGAUACAUGGGCAAGAACUGGGGGCCCAGACAGGUGGAGAUUCAAACGCGCUGGCAUCAAGAAACCAACGAGGUGGACAAAGAGGACACUGCCUCUCACUUCAUGUUCAAGGUCGUCGCUUUACAUCCCGGAGGCGCUCCUGCAUGGUAUCAAAAUGAAUGGCCCUACAGGCAAAAACUGUGGCAAUAUCAGCCAAGCUGGUGGCCGAGCCCAGAGAACGCCAGAAUCUUGGGUUUCUUGAUGGUCCCUCCUUUGCUAGCGGGCGCCCUGUUGAGAAUGCUUGACCUAUGUGGGUUGAAGCACACUGCGCUCAGAGACGCCUUGCGCUUCUUCGCUCCACAGCGACACCUGGCGGAUCUUUGCUCCAGGAGUGCUGCAGAGGUGUCAGACCUGCACCUGCUGCGACUUGUUCUUCAGUUCUUGGUAUGUUGGCAGCACGUCAUUUUGUUGGUCGAUUGGCUGGGCAAUAGCGGCCACAGCGGAAUUGAAAGCUUUCAACCUCUCACCAGCCAAGCGGCCAAGGUGUUGGGUCGAGUGAACCACACCUUCAGUUGUUUGACGGCUUAUUUGAGCUUCCGCUCUAUGCAACGUGCCCUCCAUGGUCACCAAGGUGUUUGGGUGGGGAGCAGGGUGGCGAUCAUGUGGCUCUUGCGGCGGUGGCUUCGGCAAGCAUGUGAGCUUGGCUUUUGGAUGUUUUUCUUUCUGCGGCUCUCCCGGGAUAUCCCUUGGAAGCCUUUCCCGGAGUUUGCCCGCAUCUGGUAUCAGGACCGCCUCGAGAUGUGUGUGGCUGCGCCGCUGCGGCGUGGCUGCCAAUUUCCUCCCGAUUUGGCGCCGCCAAUGUGGAUACUGAGCCUCCUUUUUGUGUAUGCGCCGGUGAACGCGGCUCUGAAGCUUUAUGCGCCUGCUGUGACGGUGUGUCAUAAUAUGCAGAUAUUUGAGAACCUCUUUGCCGUCAGCGUGUUGGCUGCAGGAGUAGGGCUGGUGCAGCAUUGCUUUGGCCGCUUUGGCCCCUUGGUGGGCCACAUGGGCUCAACAGCUGCUGCCAUCACCUUGACUGCGCUGGGCCUUUGGUGGCAACCAGAGAUCCUCCAUGAGGGCUUUCGAGCGGGUCAUCGCUUCGUGGGCAUGACGACAGCCCACCUUUUACCCGGAGCACUUCUGUGCGCCCUGGUGCCGAACUGCUUCAGAGCUGGACGAAGUGUUGCCGCAACACUUGUAGCGUUGUCGCUCUUUGUCGAUUGGCUUGUGCUGCCGCCAACAGAGGUGGUGGACGAACAAAAGCCCGUGACAGUGGCUGAAAUGGUCUUCUCUCCGUACAAAGCUGGGAGCUUUAUUCUGAGCAAUUGCCUUCAUGCAGUUGGAAUAGCGCUGCUUCUGAACAGCAUGGAGAAAGAGCGAGAAGCGGCAGAGUCUACCAGCUGGUGGGUCCUGUUGGCGUCCAGGCUUUCUUUGGGCAUCAAUUUAUCGAAUAUUUUUGUGAUUCAUUACAUUCGUGGGCGGCUCUUGUUGAUGCCCAUCGAGUUCCAUCACAUUCAUGUGAUGGGCUACACUUUAUGGAUUUGGCUGUCCGCCGUAUUGGUGUCAAUUGUGGUCUACUGCAUGGUUACCCCGUAUUCCUGCUUGGGUGAUGCUGCGUUGAAGCGCCUGGCUGUGACCAGGAAGGAGCAUCUUAAAAAAAGUUGCGAGCAAAGCCGAAAACCGUAA